UUGAAAAUGGCCUCUUCGAGCAACACGUCCCCCGAGGGUGGACCACCGCCGCUGCACCAGAACCGUAUACGGCAGGUAGAGCUAGGAAAGUGAAGUCAUGGCUCAUGCUGCUGCCCACCUGAAGAAAGCUCGUGAGCUUGAACAACAUCCAGAGUACAGGGCGCUACAGAAAGCCAGGGAGAGGAGGAGACGGCAGCGUGAGAGAGCUGAGCGAAAGCGGCAGUCGGACAGCAACACCAGUUUCCUGCGGGCUGCCAGAUCAGGGAACAUUGAUAAAGUCCUUGAGUUCCUGAAAAAUGGAGUUGACAUAAGCACCUGUAACCAGAACGGUCUGAAUGCACUACAUCUGGCAGCUAAGGAGGGACACAAGGAUUUAGUAGAGGAACUGUUGGAGAGAGGAGCACCUGUUGAUUCUUCUACCAAGAAAGGAAAUACUGCCCUCCAUAUUGCCUCAUUGGCUGGGCAAAGAGAAGUAGUCCGACUACUGGUGAAGAGAGGAGCGAAUGUUAACGCUCAGUCACAGAAUGGCUUCACUCCACUAUAUAUGGCAGCCCAAGAGAAUCACUUGGAGGUGGUGCGAUACCUUUUGGAAAAUGACGGGAACCAAAGCAUUGCAACAGAGGAUGGCUUCACUCCCCUGGCAAUCUCUCUUCAGCAGGGCCACAACUCGGUGGUCUCCCUACUGUUGGAGCACGACACCAAGGGCAAAGUGCGUCUCCCAGCCCUGCACAUUGCAGCCCGUAAGGAUGAUACCAAGUCUGCCGCACUGCUGCUCCAGAACGACCACAACGCUGAUGUCCAGUCUAAGAGUGGGUUCACCCCUCUACACAUUGCGGCUCACUAUGGUAACGUGAAUGUCUCCACCCUGUUGCUGAACAGAGGAGCUGCUGUGGACUUCACAGCCAGGAACGGGAUAACACCUCUCCAUGUGGCCUCCAAGAGAGGCAACACCAACAUGGUGGCCCUGCUGUUGGACCGAGGAGCUCAGAUAGAUGCUAAAACCAGGGAUGGACUGACUCCCCUGCAUUGUGCAGCCAGGAGUGGACAUGACCCAGCAGUAGAGCUGCUGCUGGAGAGAGGAGCUCCCAUCUUAGCUAGAACUAAGAACGGACUGUCCCCACUGCACAUGUCAGCCCAGGGAGACCACGUUGAGUGCGUGAAAUUCCUGCUACAGAAAAUGGCACCUGUUGAUGAUGUCACACUGGACUACCUCACAGCGCUGCACGUUGCAGCUCACUGUGGCCACUACAGAGUCACCAAGCUACUGCUGGACAAGAAGGCUAAUCCCAAUGUUAGAGCGCUGAAUGGUUUCACUCCUCUACACAUCGCUUGUAAGAAGAACAGGGUGAAGGUGAUGGAACUGUUGGUAAAAUAUGGAGCAUCCAUCCAGGCCAUUACUGAGUCUGGUCUCACCCCCAUCCAUGUAGCCGCCUUCAUGGGUCACCUCAACAUUGUCCUACUUCUGCUGCAGAAUGGAGCCUCACCCGAUGUCCGUAACAUUCGUGGUGAGUCAGCUCUCCACAUGGCAGCACGAGCAGGUCAGAUGGAAGUGGUUCGCUGUUUGCUGAGGAAUGGAGCGUUGGUGGAUGCCAUGGCCAGGGAGGACCAGACUCCCCUCCACAUUGCAUCUCGUUUAGGGAAAACAGACAUUGUCCAGCUGCUGCUACAGCACAUGGCCCACCCGGAUGCUGCCACCACCAACGGCUACACUCCCCUUCACAUUUCGGCCAGGGAGGGCCAAGUAGAGACUGCUGCAGUGCUGCUGGAGGCUGGAGCCUCGCACUCACUGGCUACCAAGAAAGGAUUCACUCCAUUACAUGUAGCAGCUAAGUAUGGAAGCCUCGAUGUAGCAACACUCCUCCUUCAGCGCAAAGCUCUCCCUGAUGAUGCUGGCAAGAAUGGUCUAACUCCACUACAUGUGGCAGCUCAUUAUGACAACCAAGAUGUGGCUCUCCUGCUGCUGGAUAAAGGGGCAUCGCCUCAUGCUACAGCAAAGAAUGGCUACACUCCUCUCCACAUUGCAGCCAAAAAGAACCAGACAAACAUUGCAUUAUCGCUGCUGCAGUAUGGAGCAGAGACAAACGUUCUGACCAAGCAGGGAGUCAGCCCUCUACACCUGGCAGCCCAGGAAGGACACGCUGAGAUGGCCAGCCUGCUGCUGGGCAAAGGAGCUCACGUCAACACGGCAACCAAGAGUGGACUGACUCCUCUGCACCUAACAGCACAAGAGGACAGGGUCAAUGCGGCAGAAGUACUGGCCAAACAUGACGCCAACUUGGACCAGCAAACUAAGCUUGGAUAUACGCCUCUGAUAGUGGCCUGUCACUACGGAAAUGCCAAGAUGGUGAAUUUCCUGUUACAGCAAGGUGCCAGCAUCAACGCUAAAACCAAGAAUGGAUACACACCGCUUCACCAGGCAGCACAACAAGGGAACACACACAUCAUAAAUGUUUUGCUGCAACAUGGAGCCAAGCCCAAUGCUACUACAGUUAAUGGAAACACUGCUCUGUCGAUUGCCAAACGUCUGGGUUACAUCUCUGUGGUGGACACACUGAAAGUUGUCAGUGAGGAGGUCAUCACUACCACAACGAUGGUCACAGAGAAACACAAGCUUAAUGUCCCAGAGACCAUGACUGAGAUGCUGGAUGUGUCUGAUGAAGAGGGUGAGGACACUAUGACAGGUGAUGGAGGAGAGUACCUGAGAGCAGAGGAUCUCAGAGAGCUUGGAGAUGACUCUCUGCCAGGACACUACCUGGACAGCUUCAGCUACAUGAGCCACAACCUGGACAGGCCCCAGCACACUCCCAUUCACCAAAGUUUCCAUCAGAAAGAAGGAGUUCUCAUUGAAGACAUGAUUGCAAGCCAUCAGGUGUCAGCACUUUCCAGAGAGCAUGAAAAGGACUCGUUCCGUCUGAGCUGGGGUGCUGAGCACCUUGAUAACGUGGUGCUAUCGUCCAGUCUGCUACACUCUGGCCGUUCCUCUCCGUGCCUAGACCAUGACAACAGCAGCUUUCUGGUCAGCUUCAUGGUAGAUGCCAGGGGCGGGGCCAUGCGUGGUUGCCGUCACAACGGUCUGAGAAUCAUUGUGCCACCAAGAAAGUGUUCUGCACCUACGAGGGUGACUUGCAGGCUGGUGAAGAGACACCGUCUGGCCUCUAUGCCCCCUAUGGUUGAGGGUGAGGGGCUGGCUGGUCGCAUCAUAGAAGUGGGACCCACUGGAGCCCAGUUCCUGGGGCCUGUGAUUGUGGAGAUCCCUCAUUUUGCUGCUCUGAGGGGCACAGAGAGAGAGUUAGUGAUCUUGAGGAGUGAAACAGGAGAAAGCUGGAGGGAGCACCACUGUGACUUCACAGAAGAGGAACUGAAUCAGAUACUUAAUGGCAUGGAUGAAAAACUUGAUUCCCCUGAGGAGCUUGAGAAGAAAAGAAUAUGCCGCAUCAUCACCCGAGACUUCCCACAGUAUUUUGCUGUGGUGUCACGGAUAAAGCAGGACAGUCAUUUGAUUGGUCCUGAGGGCGGGGUCCUCAGUAGCACCCUUGUGCCCCAAGUCCAGGCUGUCUUCCCUGAGGGAGCCCUCACCAAGAAGAUCAGAGUUGGGCUACAGGCUCAGCCCAUAGAUGUCGAGGUGGUGAAAAGGAUUCUUGGUAACAAAGCCACAUUCAGCCCAAUUGUCACAUUGGAACCAAGAAGGAGGAAGUUCCACAAACCGAUCACCAUGACAAUCCCUAUUCCCAAGACCUCCAACAGUGACAGGCAGAGCACAGUGUUUAGUGGGGAGACCCCCACCUUACGUUUGCUUUGCAGUAUUACAGGUGGAACCACUCCUGCCCAAUGGGAGGACAUCACUGGCUCCACACCUCUUACCUUUGUUAACCAAUGUGUUUCGUUCACCACAAAUGUGUCAGCAAGGUUCUGGCUGAUUGACUGCAGACAAAUCCAGGAGUCUGUUAGUUUUGCAUCUCAGCUGUACAGAGAGAUCAUCUGUGUCCCGUACAUGGCCAAGUUUGUCAUUUUUGCCAAGACCUUGGACCCCAUUGAGGCCCGGCUGCGCUGUUUCUGCAUGACUGAUGACAAAAUGGAUAAGACCUUGGAGCAGCAAGAGAACUUCACUGAAGUUGCCCGUAGCCGAGAUGUUGAGGUGCUGGAGGGAAAACCUAUUUUUGCUGACUGUUUUGGAAACCUGGUGCCUCUUACAAAGAGUGGACAGCAUCAUGUGUUCAGCUUCUUUGCCUUCAAAGAGAACAGACUAGCCCUCUUCAUCAAAAUUAGAGACACAGCACAGGAGCCAUGUGGUCGCCUGUCCUUCACCAAGGAACCACGCACGUACCGAAGUCUUAACCACAAUGCUAUAUGCAACCUUAACAUAACUCUCCCAACAUACUCAAAGGAGUCUGAUUCAGACCAAGAUGCAGAUGACGAGAGUGAGAAGAGUGACAAGAAAUUGGAUUGGCAGGAUGAUGCUGACAGGAAAGAGGAGACAUUAGCUAUCAUUGCAGACCUUCUUGGGUUCAGCUGGACUGAGCUGGCAAGGGAACUGGAAUUCAGUGAGGAUGACAUCCAAUUAGUGAGAACAGAGAAUCCCAAUUCACUCCAAGAGCAGAGCCAUGCCUUGCUGCAGCGUUGGGUUGAGCGGGAGGGCAAACAUGCCACAGAGGACUGUCUGAUUAAGAGACUGACCAAGAUCAACCGCAUGGAUAUCGUCCAUCUUAUUGAAACCCAGAUGAACAAGUCAGUUCAAGAGCAAACAUCUAGAACUUAUGCAGAGAUAGAGAAGACACUGGAUCACAGUGAAGUGUCAGUAGCCCUAUCUUCAGUGCAAGAGGAUGCAGACAGCCCCAGAGUCGUAAGAAGGGUGGAGUCAGACCGCAGACCGCCCCCAGCUGUUUCUGAAGAGGACCUCUCAGUUGCUUCCCUACUGGAUAUUCCUUCCUGGGCAGAGCCUGUUGGACACACCCAUUCUGAGAGCAUGCAUGGUGACCUGUUGGAGGAGCUUGAGAUCCCACAUGAAUUGAACCCUAAUCUGUGGACCUCGGAGGAUGUAAUUACACAAGAACCUACAAGUUAUGACAACUUGGAUGAGCAAGCUGAUGAAAUUCCCGACCUCCCUACUCAGUCAGUGAUGGAAGAAAAGUACAAAGAUGAAAAUGGACACAUCGUUGUCAAAAAGGUUACCCAUAAAAUUAUUCGCAAGUGUGUUUCCGCGGAUGGAGCGGAGCGUGAAGAGGUCUUAUUAGAUGGAGCUUCCCAGGGGUCCAUCGGUAUGGGAGAGAGAGAUGGAUACUCCAAGGUGGUGAAGCGGACUGUAGUAAAGAGUGAGGGAGACCAUACAGAGGUAACAUUUACUGAAUGUGAGGGUUUCUCAGCAUCAAGGCAGGAGACAGCUGAGGGUUGUAAGGUCAGUCAGGUAGAAAGGACAACAGUGGUGGACGGUGAAAGGACAAUGACACACCAAGGUGAUCCUUCCUUGGCUUCUGACCUCCCCUCAGCCCAAGAGGACUUUAAACAGGCACUAGGUUAUAUAAGUGGUUUUACCGGAUCAGAACUCCCUCAUGUUUUAGAGAGAGAGACUGUCAAAGAAGAUGGAACUGUGGUCAGGAGGGCCCACAUGCGUAAAGGUCACACCCUCCGACGAACAGUGGUGAGGGGAGCUGGGCAACGAAAACAGGUCAUUCUAGAACGAGUGGACAGCCCCAGAAAAGGCUCAAAACCACGUGAUCUACAGCAGCAUCUCCACCAGCUCUUUCACCACUACUGCAAAGAAGAAAAGGAGGACAAUGAUGAUGAGGAGGAGGAGGAGGAGAAAGAGUAGAAGAAUGUGUAACACUCUCUCCCACUCCCUGGCUCUGCCCAUGCUAAAGUUCCCCCUAAUCCUAUGCAUUAGCCACAUGCAAUCCCAGUGUGCACUAAGGCACCUCAAAGCUACCACAGUCUUCCCAUUAAAGUCCUGGAAGAUGACCUUAUGUUCACAAUUUUGGAGUUUUCUUCCCUGGCUGGUAUUACGUAUUCAUGAUUCCCUUUUCAUGUUCUGAUGUUGUUUUUCCUUUUUGUGACCAAAGAAAGCCUUCUGUUGUUUUCCUGAUUAAUUUUACUUCUCAUGUCAGAAUUGUCUUUGAUAUUUUUGUCUUGAUGCUGUGGUAGAGCAACAAAAAAAACAAGAAAACAGAGAAAUGCUAUUCACAUCAACCAACUCACAAACCUCCUAAAGGUAAAGAUCACUUUACCUGUGAAAUACUGAUACUGCUCUCUGAGUGGGUGCUUGGACUGAAAGACUAUUUUUCACACUGCACUGCCUCUCACAACCAGAGUUUCUCAGAUAUUCCUAUACUGAAAAACUGUCUCACUCACUGUACUAGCCUCUCCGCUCUUUUGAUUCAGGUAGUCAAAAUGUCACAAAGAGAAAUCAGACUGUAUCGACACUGAAUUUAACUGCUGCUGCUGCUGUGUUUUGUGUAGGCCGUGUAAUCUGUCUUUGAAAAUUAUAUAUUAUCUAUUAUCUAGACAUUACUGACAUCUGUAGCCUAGGAAUUAAUUAUCACUCAUGUGAAGUAGAGCAGGCAUGACUAAUCAACAUCUGUCAUUAUGAUCCUAGCUUUGACUGCUUUGUAGUUAUAUGGAUUGCCCCUCUGCCUCUCUCUCCCUUCUGUGUGUGUCUCUCUUUCUGUGUUAUACUUUAAUUCUAUCCCAUACAGUCUUUUUCUUGCUUUUUUUCUUAAAUCAUUGAUUCAUGACUCUUAUUGUGUGGAUGGUGACUGUGAGUGAGGUUGUACUGUAGGUAUUGUAUGUUUGUCCAUGCAUGAAGUUGAAUACUGCACUGACAGCUGCUUUGAAGAGGGUGUCGUCUGAAAUGUUUUUAGCUUUUAACUCUGUUGUCUGUCUUACCUUAGAGUUUAUUUUUUGAUUUUGAGUAUAGAAAACCUAUUUAAUCUUUGUAUGCCAAUGAGAAACUUCUGUUUAUUAGGAAGUCCUUCAGAAUUUGCCACUGGUGAGUAAGAUUUUGACAGCUGUUGUGGAGACACUUGUCUGAUAUAACAUUUGUGGUAAAGUGAUCAGGUUUUUCUGCUUUAUUUAACGUUAGCCUAUAUUAGUUUAUCUUUUGACCCAAAGUGUUGGACCAGGUGUUGGGUGCGUGAUUGUGAGUGAAUGAAUGUAGUAAAAGAGUGUGCACCAGUUUAUGUCAGCAAAGAAAAGAAACAUUUAUUUUACACAAACCGUAUUUGCACUCCUGAAUGUCAGGAGGGAACACCUCCAUGCUUUUUGUGCACAGGACAUGAGGUAUACAGUAUAUCUUAGUCACAGGGACAGUCUCAUUUCGGCAAAUGAUAAAUACAAGAUGGCCAUACACCAGACACAAGCAUAAUGACGCUGGUUGAGAGCUCAAAAUACCAUUAUUCACAGCUCUGAGCACUGCUACUGUAUGUAUCUACAACAUGUAAUGUAUUUAUUUCACUCUCACUGUUUACUUUGUGAUUUAGAAACAUGUAAAAUGCAAACUAGUGGAAGUUCACUGUGACAGGUAUGCUUUUAAUUUGAUGAAUCAGCAUCCCUUUUCUGUGAUGAUGACAGUUAUAUACAUAUACAAUGCAUAUAUAAAUAUCUAUAAAGGCAUGUAUUACUGUAUCAAAAUUCAAAAAGACAAAAACAAAAUGGCUGCAGUGUGUCUAUGGCUGAUAGAGAAUAAAAAUCUACAAAUGUA